GGUAAAGGUUGUGAGGGCCUGACGACAGAGAAACAGAAAGACCAAGGCUGAGAAAAAGCAGCCAGAGAGAUAACAAACAGAUCUGCAAGAGAUGCUGGCCCUUUACAAACACGGAGCUGUAAGCAAGGAGAAAGCAAGGGACACAGAGACUGAGAAAUAACAGUUACUAAUCCUUACCUAGUGGUUCCUGUGCACACUUCUAAAUGCCUCCUUUAAAUCUCCCUGUGAGGCAAAGGGAUUUUAUUAUACAUUUUCACAGAUGAGCAAACUGAUGCCCAGAGAGGUGAGGUGACUUGUCCAAGAUCACACAGUCAGAAGUGGACGGAGCUGGAAUCAGAAUGCAGUCUGGUCCAAACACAGCUCCUCUCAAUCUCACAAGUCAGAAACACAGAGGAAAGCACAGAGAUACAGACUCUGAGAAAUGGGGAGAAAGACAAGAAUCAGAAAUGACCAAAUAUGGAGAGGAAGGGCAAAGAAUGGAGGAAGCAAGGAACUGGAAGACCUGACAAAUGGAAACUCCCCAUUUGUCACCCCUCUCAUUAGAUGUUGCUUUGCCUUGCAAUUCUUCCCUUUGGGGUGGGGACAGCAGUCCCGGGCUUGGGGCCUCCCAACCUGGGAAUGGACUUGACACUCUGACAUUCUGCUGACAGUAGCUUUCCUCAAUGAACAGCAUCCCAAAAUUCAUUGAGCCUGAGUCAGGCAGAGUGUGAUGGCCCCCCAGCCAUGGGUGGAGGUGGCCUGGGAGGCCCUACCCUGGAUGGGGUCUCCCCAGGGCCAACCAGAAGCUGGGACAUGCUCUGCUGAGCAUGGGGCCAGCCAGGGUGAGGCUUAUAGGCGGUCCCACCAUGCAGCGUCAGCUCCUUAAUCCCCACGCUGUUACCACCACAGGCCAACCACAAAGUCUGCCCCAGGGCCCAGCCAGGGACACAGAGGCAGAGGGAGAGAGGGAGAAACUCAGAGGUCCUGAGAAAGAUGGAGACAUCAAAGAAAAACACAUGGAAAUCCUGAAAAAGAGACAGAUGGAAAUGGAGAGAGACAGAGUGAGCCAGACAGAGAAGAUAGAGAUAUGGAGAAAUAGGGAGAGUCAGGGACGUCCAGAGAGAAGGAAGACAGGGAGAUUCUAAAACAGAGAUUAAAAAGUAAGAGAUGAAGAGAGAUCUGAGAGAAAAAGAAAAAGUGAACUAGACACAGAGCUUCAAGAGAUGAGACACACAGAAAGGAGGAGAGGCAGUCACAGGAUCUAGCAAAAGAUGGAGACUGAGAGAGUCUCAGCUAGAGAGAGACAGAAAGACAUAUCACAAUAUAGAGAGUCAUGUGUGCAUUCAUUCAACAAACAUUUACCUAGUACCUAGUGUGCUGAGCACUGUUUUAGGCACUGGGGGUACGGAAGUGAACAAGACAAAAUGCUUGCCUUGGAAAGACAGGGCCUGGCCCAGUAGGGUGGGGUGGCAGCUACAUGCUCACUGCUGAGUUAGUGCCUGAGAGCCAGGGCCCCACCCACAAGCCCUGCCACCCCAGGUUCCUGCACAAAGAAGGGCUGACAGGUAGGGAGACCCACGAUCAGACAUACAGAGACAGAGGCCAGCAGGCAGGCAAGGAAGCAUAGACAGAGACUAAGGUCAAGCUGGGAGAAGUAGAAAAAGACAGACAUCCUGAAAAGAGAAAGAAAACGGACAUGAACCAAAGCCGAUGUGGAGAGUAAACAGGGAUAGACAGAGAGAGAGAGAUGAGCAGAAUCAGAGAAACACAGGCAGAGACUGAGACACUGAGAUGAAGCAAACAUAGACAGACACAAGAGACAUGCCCAGAGACAAGCCCAGUCCUACACUCUUCAUGCCGCCCCCCCGCCCCCCAGCCUCUGAAGGUCCAGUCCUUGGCUAGGCACCUGGUGGAAGGCUGGAUCCAGCAGGACAGGGGCAGUGGGAAGGUGGGCCACAUUCCUGAACAGUUGGCUCCAAGCACUGACUUGGCCACAUCCUCUACCAGCCUGCACCCCCAGGGGCUGCCGGAGUGAAACUAAGUUUGGCUGCCAUCAUGGCCUGGCCUCGGCUGGAGGGCCCAGUGCGCCUGGGGGACUGGAGACCAGGUGUUGAGAAGUAUGUGCACAGGACAUUUGGAGGCAUCUGGGAGCCAGAGCAUUGGGAAUAGAGAUGGCAGAGUUCAGGGCAGGGCACAAGCAUGAAGGAGAUACAAGGGGUCAACAUGUGGAAAGCACCCAAGAGUUAUAAGGCUAGGCACAGGAAUGCCAGCUGAUGGGCACCAGGAGGCAAGGGAACUCAAGUGAGCAUCCAGGAGACAGGUACAGCAUACAAGGAUCCAAGAGCAAUGGGCAUGGAGGUGACAAGGGCUCAGAUACAAGCCCCUAGCUAUCAAAGGCACAGGGCACAUGAGUGCCAGGCUAAUGGGAAUGUCAGCAGGGGUGUUUUUAGAAGCAUAUUUAGAAGUCGGGAGUUCAUUUAGGAAUCAGAAGUACAGGAUACAGUGUUUUUGGGUCUUGGGCCCAGACAGAGGUGGCCCGGGGAAUUCAGAGAUGCACACCUACAGGCCAAAUAGGAUGGAUCCAAAGGUGCUAGGGAUCCAGGAAGGGUGCACCUGUGGGCCAGGUAUAUCGACCUGGAAGUGAUGGUGCAUGGAAGUUGCCAAAUGGGACAGUCUGAGGCGGGCACAAAAGAGAUCAGGCAGAGCCAGGCACAACCGGGAAUGGGCUGAGAGGCGGGGUGGAGACCUUGGAUUAGGGAAUCUAAGGAAGGUGCAACCUACAGACUCCAAUCCCGCCCACUCUGGUCUCUGCCUCUGCCUGCCUCUACUCCACCCAAGACCCCAAGGAGAUAAAAUAGAACUGAAGGGCACGGGCCUGGAAGAUGGACGGCAUGGUGAUCCCGGGCCUCACAGCCUUGCUGUGGUUAUUCGUUCUGCUGGCGCUAGCCAGGUGGAGCUGGGGCACCAGGCAAACUCAGAGGGAGGGGGCCUUACCCCUGGGGCCCACGCCACUCCCGCUGCUGGGGAACCUGCUGCAGCUGGUGCCCCGACGCCUGGAUCGCACACUCAUGGAGGUAGCCCUGUCAGGGGGUGGGGAAACAGAAUUCUGAUUUCCUGAAAGUUGGUAUGGGAGCUGGUUCUCUGAAUGAGGUCAGAGCUAAGGGCUCGGACUGGCCAGAUCAUGAGGAAGGUUUAGGGGUCUGGAGUCCCGCGUCUGAAAAGAAGGAGCCUGCGGGCGUGGAAGGUUGAGGGCCAGGACAUCUGGCUGUGAGAGAAGGAGGAGCCUGAAGUGGGAAGUCAGGUCUGGGAGGGGAGCUGAGAGGUGUGUUCUCCGGGCUUGAGGCAAGGAGUCGGGUACUGAGGGCCCAGACGCCCAGUUCUGAGGGGUGCAGAAGGCUGGGGACCUGGACUUCCACAUUUGAGGGAAGAGAGAGCUGGGGGCUUGACUCGUGGGUCAGAGCUGUCUGCCCGCUGGGGCCCGGUGUUUACAGUGCGACUGGGCCCGCGCCCUGCAGUGGUGCUGUGCGGCUACGCCGCACUGCGGGACGCGUUAGUGCUGCAAGCGGACGCCUUCUCCGGCCGCGGGGCCAUGGCAGUCUUCGAACGCUUCACGCGCGGAAACGGUGAGGCCCGGGCGGCGGGAGUGCGGGCCAAGACAGUCUGGGAUAAAAGGUUGGGGCGGGGCCUAAUAGAAGAGCAGCGCUAAGGAGGGCACACGGCGAGCGGGGGCGGAGCUAAGGUGUAGGGGCUGAAUGCAAAGGACAGCUUCCUCACGCAGCCAAUAGGAGAGCCUAAGAGUCAAAGCCAAAGAGCCAGCGGUGGGCAGGGAUCCGGACCAGCAGAAGGACCCCUGUGUAGAUAGAUGGGGCCGAGGCGGCUGGCGUGGCGACUAAGAGAUCUGGAAAUAAGCAGACCGAAGGGUUGCAAGGAAGUCCAGGCCACGACUCUGGCCUGCCCCCUCCUCUGUUCCGCCGUAGGUAUCGUUUUUUCCAACGGGCAGCGCUGGAGGACGCUGCGCAAUUUUACACUUGGGGCGCUCAAGGAGUUCGGGUUGGGGUCGCGGACCAUCGAGGGGCGCAUCCUAGAGGAGGCGGCUUGUCUGCUUGGAGAAUUGCAAGCCACUGUUGGAGCCCCGUUCGACCCCCGGCAACUACUAGAUAAUGCUGUAUCUAAUGUUAUCUGUUCUGUGGUCUUUGGGAACCGCUAUGGCUAUGACGACCCGGAGUUCCUGAGGCUCCUAGACCUCUUCAGUGACAACUUCCGCAUCAUGAGUUCCAGGUGGGGCGAGAUGUACAACAUUUUCCCCUCCCUCCUGAACUGGAUCCCUGGCCCACAUCAUCGAAUCUUCCAAAACUUUGAGGAGCUUCGUAUCUUCAUUUCUGAGCAAAUCCAGAGGCACCGGCAGACUCGGCAACCUGGGGAGCCCCGUGAUUUCAUCGAUUGCUUCCUGGAUCAGAUGGAUAAGGAACAGAAGAAUCCAGAGAGCCAUUUCCAGGAGGAGACAUUGGUGAUGACUACACACAACCUUUUCUUCGGUGGCACCGAGACCACCAGCAUCACCCUGCGCUCUGGGCUCCUCAUUCUGCUUAAGUACCCAGAGGUCACAGCCAAGAUGCAGGCUGAGCUGGAUGCCGUGGUAGGUCGGAUGCGCACUCCAAGCCUGGCGGACCGUGAGCACUUGCCCUACACCAACGCUGUGCUGCAUGAGCUCCAGCGCUUCAUCAGCGUGCUGCCACUAGGGCUGCCUCGUGCCCUCACCCACAACACCCACCUGCACGGCCACUUUCUGCCCAAGGGCACCUUUGUGAUUCCUCUGCUUGUGUCUGCACACCGGGACCCCAGCCAAUUCAAGGACCCAGACUGCUUCAACCCCACCAACUUCCUGGAUGACAAGGGCAAGUUCCAGAGCAAUGAUGCCUUCAUGCCCUUUGCCCCAGGAAAGCGGAUGUGCCUGGGUGCAGGCCUGGCACGAUCAGAGAUCUUCCUCUUCUUCACAACCAUCCUUCAACGGUUCUGUCUGCUCCCUGUGGGGAGCCCUGCCAACAUCGACCUCACCCCACAAUGCACUGGCCUGGGCAACGUGCCCCCAGCCUUCCAGCUCCGCCUGGUGGCCCGCUGAGGUCAGGCUCACCUACCCUCUGCUCACUGGCUCUCAAACCUCCCUACCCUUUUGGUCAUUAAAGGCCCUAA